GUCAACCUCUAGCAAACUACCAUUAUGUUUGAUUUAACUUGCUUGGUUCUGAUUCUGGGAUCGCUAGCUGUAGUGGCUGACGCAGGCACAUGGGGAGCACCACUUCGAAUGUCUUUAGAUGCAAAUGGCGUACCCGAAUAUUAUUGUAAAGCGGGCGAUAAUUAUUUGAAUAUUGGUGAAAGUUUAAGAACAACAGAUUGUUUCGACUGUAAUUGUUCUUUUAGAUAUGGUCUCAACUGUGUAAGUAUCGGUUCAGCUCUUCAUAAAACAGGACGUAUGCAAGGAUGCCGCUUCGUUGAACUGCCUAACUGUUGUUAUAAGUUUGCCAGUAUCACCAAUCCAAAUGAAGAUUGUAUUCCGGAAACAUGUCCUAACUAAAGAUAACACGCAAAUUUCUACAGAAUUUCUGAAAUAUUGUUUAAAUAAAUUUAUCUCAAUUC